AUGGCGCCGGAGUGGGAGGCGGCCUUGGGCAUGGAGCUCGGCAUGGGCUCGCACUACCACCACGCGCCGCCAUCCGCCGCCGCCUCGCCCAUGAACCACCACCACCACCACCACCACCACCACUCCGCAUACUCCCACUCCCAGCCCCCCCACCAGUACAAUUUUUACGGGGGCGCCGCGGGCGGGGACGGCGCCGCCGACCCCAUGCGCGUCGACGAGAUGCUCGACCUCUCCUCCCACCUCGGCGCGCACGACUUCUUCUCCGGCGCGAACAAUGGCGCCGCCGACAACGCGCCGGCCCCGCCCGCGGCUGCCGCGGCCUCCUCGUCCGACCACCAGCACCACCACCCCUCGUCCUUCAACCUCUCCUUCGCCGACGAGUUUUACCUGCCUGUCCCGACUGAGGAAGCCGCGGAGCUGGAGUGGCUGUCCAACUUCGUGGACGACUCCUACCCGGACAUCCCCAACUACCCGCCGGCCGUGCAGGCGGCGAUGGCGGCCGCCGCGAGGAACGGCGGCGUUGUGGUGAAGCAGGAGAAUUCCGCGUCGGCGGCCGCGCCAGGCCGCGGCGCGCGGAGCAAGCGCUCGCGGGCGGUCUCCGCGGCCGCGGCCGCGUGGCACGCCCUGGCUCCGCGCCAGCCCUCCCCGUCCUCCUCCUCGUCGUCCUCCGACUCCAAGCCGGCGCGGUCAGGCGGCGGCGGCGGCGGCGGAGGCGUCAAGAAGAGCGGCCUCGUGGUCGGGGCGGCCGAGCUAGGGGGCGGCGGGGACCAGAGCGGCGAGGUGCGCCGGUGCACGCACUGCGCGUCGGAGAAGACGCCGCAGUGGCGGACGGGGCCGCUGGGCCCCAAGACGCUGUGCAACGCGUGCGGGGUGCGGUACAAGUCGGGGCGGCUGGUGCCGGAGUACCGCCCGGCGGCGAGCCCCACGUUCGUGCUGACGCAGCACUCCAACUCCCACCGCAAGGUGAUGGAGCUGCGCCGGCAGAACGAGCUGGUGCACCUCCACGGCGGCGUGGGCGGGGCCGGCGUCGUGUCGGCGUCCUCCGGCUCCGGCGGCGCGGCGGAGCACAUGUUCCGCGACUACGGCGUGUGCUGA